UUGAACGGCCAAUCCGGUGGUAGGUUCACCUCCCCCUCUCUACCCAGAGUCACUGCUGCAGCCGCCGCCAUUUUAGCGUUUUGUCAGAAGCGUCCGCGCCGAGGAGGAGAGCCCCUGCUGCUUUUCGUGCGGGCUGUGUCCGAGAUGGUGAAGCUGUUCAUCGGAAACCUGCCCCGGGAGGCCACAGAGCAGGAGAUCCGCUCACUCUUCGAGCAGUAUGGGAAGGUGCUGGAGUGUGACAUCAUUAAGAACUACGGCUUUGUGCACAUAGAGGACAAGACGGCGGCCGAGGAUGCCAUACGCAACCUUCACCACUACAAGCUGCAUGGGGUGAACAUCAACGUGGAAGCCAGCAAGAAUAAGAGCAAAACCUCCACAAAGUUGCAUGUAGGCAACAUCAGUCCUACUUGUACCAACAAAGAGCUUCGAGCCAAGUUUGAGGAGUAUGGUCCAGUCAUCGAAUGUGACAUCGUGAAAGAUUAUGCCUUCGUACACAUGGAGCGGGCAGAGGAUGCGGUGGAGGCCAUCAGGGGCCUUGACAACACAGAGUUUCAAGGAACCAGGGCAAAGAAAAUUGAAAGAAGAUUAAAUUCUACUACUCUACUACACCUGGAGAUGCCAAAAGCUUAAAGAUUUUCUGAGCUCUCCAAAAAUUACUGAGAUGUGUUGCCAACAUUUCCAGAAAACCAGCACCCCCCAAAGUGUUUUCUUUUGAAACAAAGAAGUGGGCAACUUGGGUCCUCAUUGCUGAGCUCCUAUCAAGUGCCAGGAUCCAGAGAAGAUUAGGGAUACAGCUGAUUAUACAACUAUACUCCAGCUUAAUGCUUGUUUACAUAUUGGGGAAAAAGGAAACAUCUGAACUCUUACAUGUCAUUCCCAAUUCAGCUGCCUGAGUUGUUACCUGGGAACAGCUUCUUUAGGGUCUUGCAAUGCAAACUGUUUGCUAACUCAAUAGUGGUUCAUUUCACUGCUGCCUGUGGAGAGGAAACUGAUCCUGAAAGACCCAGGUGAACUCAGAUUCUGCUGCUUUAAGAAGUCAUACAAUUGGGAAGCCUAUCGCAGCCAUUAACACAUAAAGAUUCAAAAGACGCCCAAAGUGGCACUCUUAAGAGGCCACCUUCAUUAGGAGAUGACCAAAAAUGUUUUAUGGAAAAAUGUGACAAACUGGUAUCUAGAUUGUACUUUCUGUAAAAGUGCAACUUAUUAUCCAGUGUUAAACUUUCUCUCAUCAUCUGGGAAAAAAACAGAGCUGGUUAUAAAAAUAUCUGUAUGUAUGUACACAGUUGAGGGCUUUCUCCAGACAGCCCAGGCUAAGAACAUGAAAACCAAAUAAAGGAUCCUCUUUUCCAAAAAUGACAUUUAAAAAAAUCUCAUGGACCAUUGCGUUACUCAGAUAUCUACUUCCUGAAGUAACUAAACUCACUAUAUUAAAACACACAUUCCUUUCAAGUCCACUCCCCCAAUUAACUGAUUUUCAUAUAUAUAUUUUGGUCCCUACCCUUUUAUUCAAUUGCAUAUUAAAAUGGCAAGGACAUGCAGUAUUAUAGUAGAAUAUCUCUGCACUUUGUACCUGACUUUAACUGCAUUCUUUUUACAUUUUGCUUGUAACCUGUCGAGAGAGAACUCCCAUUUCCCCCAACAAUGUCCAUUCAUGAUC